AUGCUUCCAUUAAUGUCUGAAUAUUCUGAAGUGGAAACAUGCAUUGAGUGUUCAGCUAAAACUAUGUUAAAUUUAAGUGUAACAUUUUGGUUCGCUCAAAAAGCUGUUCUUUAUCCAACUUCUCCAUUGUAUAAUGUUGAAAAGAAAGAACUUACACCAGAGUGUAUACGUGCUUUAACAAGAAUAUUUCGUAUAUGUGAUACAGAUAAUGAUGGUUAUUUAUCCGAUCGUGAAUUAGAAUCCUUUCAAACACGAUGUUUCUCAAUUCCAUUAACCGCACAAUCAUUACAUGAUGUGAAACAAUUAGUGAAACAAUCAUGUCCCGGUGGUGUUACAGUGAAUGGAUUAACUCAAAAAGGCUUUCUAUUCCUACAUUUAAUGUUUAUACAAAAAGGACGUCAUGAAACUACAUGGACUGUAUUACGUCGUUUUGGUUAUGGUAAUAAUUUGAGAUUAACUGAAGAAUUUAUCUAUCCAAAAUUUUGUAUUGCUUCUGGAUGUAGUACAGAAAUAUCACCAAUGGGACUACAAUUUUUAAAUGCAUUAUUCAAUAAAUAUGACUUGGAUCGAGAUGGAUGCUUGUCUACAGUAGAGUUAAGUGAAUUACUUGCCACUUGUCCAGAGGAUCAAUUAAAUCGUGUAACCGAUAUGGGUUUAUAUGUGGCAACAAAUUCAAUCGGUUGGAUUACACGUCAAGGAUUUAUGGCAUUUUGGAUGUAA